AUGGCGGUGAACCAGAGCCACACGGAGAAUCGCCGUGGAGCCAUCAUCCCUUACGGCGAAAGUGUCUUGAAGCAGUGUCAGGAUGUGGACCUCUCUUUCCUACAGCAACCAGAGGGAUCCAAUCUUUUUAGUGGUAUAAAGAGGGGAACAUUGUUUCUCACUUCAUACCGGGUAAUCUUCGUAACUUCACACUCAGUCAAUGAUCCCAUGCUUUCUUUUAUGAUGCCAUUUAAUCUGAUGAGUAACUGCACUGUUGAACAACCAGUCUUUGCCCCCAACUGCAUUAAAGGAACCAUUCAGGCAGCUCCAGAUGGUGACUGGGAAGGACAGGCUACUUUUAAAUUAGCCUUCAGAAAAGGAGGUGCCAUCGAAUUUGCCCAGUUGAUGACAAAAGCUGCCUCUGCCGCUGCCCGAGGAAUUCCACUUGGAAGUGUAAGUUACUGGUUUGGUGCUCCAGGAUUGUAUGUCAUUACCAGGCAGGGGAGCAUGAUAUGCAACCAAGAGGUGCCUUGUCCAGUUGUUGUCUAUGGGCCCCAGCCCAUGAGAUAUGGAGCCCCUCUGGGGGGAUACGGAGCCCCACCAGCGGGAUACAGAGCCCCACCAGAGGGGUCUGAAGCUCUGCCUGAGGGAUACAGAGCCCCACCCGCAUAUGGAGCCCCAGCAGAGGGAUCUGUAGCUCCACUGGCAGGAUAUGAAGCCCCAACAGCAGGAUACGAAGCUCCACCUGCGGGAUACAGAGCUCCACCUGCAGAAUAUGAAGCCCCACCUCCGGGAUAUGGAGCCCAGCCUGCAGGAUAUGGACUCCCACCUGCGGGAUAUGUAACCCCACCAGCUGGAAAUGAAGCCCCACCUUCGGGACAAGAGGCUCCACCUACUAGAAAUAGAGCUGAGUCUCACAAAUCUGUGUCAGCCCAGCCUGCUGGAUAUGAGGCUUCUACUCCUUCUGCCUCAUCUUCUCAGGCCCCUUAA